UUGAGAUAAUAGGGAAGGAGAGAGCCACACACUUCAAGAGAGAGGUGAAGAAAGAAGCUGGCCGCAGGUUCGUAUUCCAGUAGAUAGAGUUGCUUGUUUGAUCCAUAACUUGAGCUUCACUCGUCCAAAUAAGUCGUAUAAGAUACCAAAAGAAAUCUCUCAAGACUAGGAAUCCGUGAAGGUCUGGUUUGCAUCAAUCGAAGUAGUGGAAGGCUUCCAAAUCGUUCGAGCAAAACACAACCUCACAGAAACGGAUUUACUCUCCUAAAGAGCAGUUCAUUCAACAGAACCACACCAAUUCAUUCCCAGUAUAUACAGUAUCUGUUUGAAAGAUCGAAGGAUGUAGUCUGUCUUCUAUCAUUUUCCCCAUUUAUGCAGUUAAGCGAUCAAGAAGUGUUGGACCAAAUCAAACUAAUAAUCGGAGGACACUUUCUUGGGAACUGGGCAACAUACACGGAAGUUGACCCCAAGGUUCGUGAACUUUGGUGGAACCUUUUCAAGGGUCGGUUUCGAUGGACUGAAGCCCAAGGUCCCGCUAUUCUUAGAGCGUAUAACGCUAGGAUUUCAAACUGGCUUCGUCCUACUUUUAAGCGUGCCCGAAAGAGUGGGGUAAAGCCUGGAUGGUGUUCGGAUGAGGUGUGGGAUAACCUCGUCCGUCACUGGUCUUCUGAUCCAAACUUCUUGGCAAGAAGUCAAUCCGGUAAGAAAAACCGGAUGUCCGAGAAGGCUUUAGAAACCCAAUGGCAUGGGGGCCGCAAACCUCAGAGUAGACAUAAAGAAGAUCUUUCGGGGCCUGAGAAGAAGAAGGUCUCAAUUCUCAAGGUCAUCAAGCACUGCUGGACAAAGCACGGCGAUGAGUCCGAUGCCGAUCUGCCACCCCGCCUCGCUGAAAUCGAAUCAAAGUAUAACACAAAUGUUGACAAGAGGCGGGCACAAUUAGGCUUGACUCAGGAGGAUGAGAUUGAUUCUGAUGUGGAGGAUGAUGCCAUCUUUGAGGCAGUUGGGGUCUACAAGGGCCGGGUCCCGUGCAUGGGGGCUGAGGGGCAACGGAUCUUGUACGACCGCAGCGGUGCUUCAUCUUCCCGAUCAAGGCGCGGAGAGGAUCCGCGUAUCGCUCAAAUGCAGCGGGAGAUGGAGGAGCAGCAGCGGGCCUUGGCUGAGCAGCAGCGCACCUUGGAGGAGCAACGCAAAAAAGAUGAAGAAACAAGGGCCCGGCUGGAAGAGAUGGAACGGAUCCUCAGCGCCGGAAUUCGGAAUCAGCCUCAGCCUCAGCCGUAUGUACUGCACCCUGAGCAGACACCUCAAGUUCCGCACAUGGGCGGUUAUUUCCGUAACAACUCUGCUACCGGGUUGCCUUCAUUUGGAUCUAUUCAGGAUAUCAAUUUUCACAACCUGUUUCAAACAUCUGGAGGCAGCCAAGGAGGUGGCAGUCGCGGAGGUGGCAGUCGCGGAGGAGGCAGUCGCGGUGGCCAAGCUGGAGACAACCGAGAAGAUGAGACCGAAGAAGAUUAUCUAUAUGAUGAUUCUAGAUAUUAUCAUAAUGGUGGCCGAAGGAGCUUGUAAAGUAUACAUUUUUAUUUGAACAUUGUUUAUUUACUAUAAUUCUAUUGUGCUUAUUAUUACUUUUAUUUCAGUCUGUUUGGUUAUGAAAUGUGUGUUCUAGUGGGUUC